AUGGCCAAUGGGAUCCUUACUCCGAUCUAUAGCUUAGCUUCAAGAAACGGUUUUCCAUCCCUUGACUUCUCGAGCCUCAGACCAUCCAGGGCCUGGACAGACUCUGCAAGGGCAGCAGCAGCGUAUACCGGAGUUCACUUGGCAUCACUCGCUACUACUAACAGUCGAAUGAAAGUACUUGAGCGGGUUGUGGACGCUUUACAUCAAAGCGGACUACCUGGUCCAGCAAGGCUGAUGGACCUCCAGGAGUAUCUCGGGCAAGGCAGUCAAUUUUAUGUAUACAAGGAUCACCUGCUGGUUGAAGAGGGGUACGAAGCAUUCACGACAAUGGAGGUUGCCGUUAAACAGCCCAAAUUUGAUCUUGAUCUUGAGGAAGAGCUGGACUUGGCUGAUUCGGGGGUACGUGAGCAUGUGUACCACAUGUACCUUGAGAUUUUUACCUUGACCAAUCCGGCGCUGCGAGUUCACCCAAAUAUUGCUCGUCUUAUUGCUUGGUCUGAUGUUGGAUUAAAUCCACGUUUAAUGCCAACGCUUGUAAUGGAACUGGCAGAAUCCGAUCUCGCGACACUACUCGCAGACGACGUUCCACAACUUUCACCUUCGCAGAAAUAUUCUUUGUGUCAAGAUGUCGGGGCCGGCUUGGAUGCUUUACAUGACUGCCAUAUCCUGCAUGGUGACUUGAAACCGAAGAACAUUUUGAUCUUUCGUCACGAAGGUUGUAUUGUGGCAAAGCUUGCAGAUUUUGGACUUUCGCUUGAUCAGGCAGAAUCCGAUCUCGCCAUAGCCUACCUUGGUGGGACCCCUGGAUGGCAAGCCCCAGAGGUCGAAGUCGGCAGUAAAUUAAGUUCUCAUGGGUUGCUGCAAGCUGACAACUAUUCCUUUGGACUGCUAGUGUGGAGUAUUAUACUGCAUUCUGGAAAAGUGCCAUCACUAUCAACAAGAGAAGCCCGACAGGCCAUUGCUACGAGAGAACUAAAAGAUGCUAGGGACAUCGUCGGACUCGAGAUGUGCCGUACUCUGACAGAUGCUGUUCAGAAAUUGCUCGAAUACGAUUUUCGUCGACGCCCUUUGCGUGUCGCCGACGUACUUGAUGAUAGGCCCAAUGACGAGGAAUACGGGCAUGGUGUCACGCUGGACUUCGAAUAUAAAUUCAGCACGUACGGAAGAAUGCCUAGUCGUCAUGCAAAAUCCAAACGCAUCUCAUGGGAAUUGAACCCUGUGCCGGAUAUGUUUAUAGAUGGGCUCCACCUCCAGUUUCUAAACGAUUUAAGCAAUCUUCCGGGAGACAUACUUUUUGCCCUGUUUCUAGCCUUCACAGCCUCUCAACCCAGCGAUCAGAAUACAGAGGACCGAGCUCUUAACAUAUUGGUUGCUGCGGCACGAUCAGGGUAUGAGCCAGCACAAGGCAUUAUUCCGGCAGCGCACAAGUUCUUCCAGCUAGAACCACAGCAACAUAUCAAAGAGCUGAUAACAGAAUGGCUGAAGAGCGCGGUGGGCAGUGGAUCAACCCUAGCAAUACCGGAAUUGGAAAAGCUGGAUCCGCCGACACUUUACGACGCCAUCAGUGAUUUCAGGAUCAAUGGCGGAUACAACAGAUUUUAUUGUGCAAUCGAUCCCUCAUUUAACAAUUCGGUGGCUCCCCAGAAUAAACCGACACAGAGAAGCAGUUUCCGAUACUCUCGCCUUCACUGGCUAGCCACAUAUGGCAAUCUAUCCGCCUUGUUGGACUACUUUAACACAAAUAGAGGGUACGGAAUCGAUGACAUGACAGACAAUCAAGAGACUCCAUUAUACCUGGCUUGUGCUCGAGGGUCAUGGGAGAUUGCUGCUGAGCUUAUGCGUCGGGGCGCAUGCGCGUCAGUCAGGUGUACUUCUUUUGAGAUAAGCUGCAUGCACUGGGUCUUCGCCUUUGGCGAAAUGUUCCAGGCUGAGGCAGUCAUUCAGCUGAAAGGGCGAGGAGCUGAUUUAAACGCACGGACUUCUACCGAGGUCCCAUUUUUUCACUAUCCGUUCGUGCUUCCAGCUGGCACUCCGCUCCACUGGGCUGUAGCUACUUCAAGCCACAAAACUAUACAGGUACUUGUUACACAGGGAGCUGAUUUGCUCAUUCGAGAUGGCUCAGACCCUUACGUUUAUGAUGGACGAGUCCGUAUACUCAACGACCCCAAAGAACUAAUUAAGGAAGAGGGUCCACCCUUGAAGACGGAAACGAAAGGUCUCUCACCUUUAGAUCUCGCCGCAAUGCAGCAUGAUCCGUUUAUCUUCGAGCUUCUGAUAUCAACAAGAGCUGAUGUGGAUAUCAACGCGGUUGACGAAGAAGGGUUCAGUGUCUUACAUCGGUUGAGUGCAAGCUACAUAUGGCGAACAAGCGCUGGAAUCGCAUUUUCCACCCUACCUUUCCGAGGCAACAGAAUCCACAUGCGAGAUGGCCUGAUCCGUAGUGUUGCAGCUAUCAAAGCAUUGGGGGCGGACAUGGAACUAUUGACAACCCCGCUAGACUCAAAGGCCCAGCAAAGGAAACGGGUCUGCAACUUCCCAAGCCGUACGCCUCUCAUGUUGGCUUGCAUGAACUCGGCAACCGACGCGGUGCGAACGCUACUUGAAGCUGGCGCUAGUGUCCGGACAGAAAAUGACGUGGGACAGACUGCGUUGCACUGUAUCUCUAGAGAAAGAGCCGCAUGUGUGGAGUGUGUUUGUCUCCUGGUCUUCUAUGGCGCGGAUAUCAAUCACUGCGACAAAUAUGGAGGCACAGUCCUGUUGAGAGCGGCUUUUGCGAAAUGUUUAGAAGUCGUAGAGUUCUGUCUAGCUAAGGGUGCAGAUAUUGAGGUUCAAGAACAGCAUCCACUCGCGAUUGAAAAGGGCGAAGGCCCUUUUCACUUACUUUCACCGGUACGUUCAGAUAUGAUUUUCCAAGACAGAUGGGACCGAGACUUCUUAUUACAAGAUAGAUGGGACGAAGGCAUUGAAUUGGUAGACAAGAAAGACCGCAACAUUGUUUUACGGGACAAGUGGGACUUGAAACUGGCUCGCCUGCUGGAAAGGUAUGUACUUGCUUGUCCACACGUUGAAAAGAAACGCAGGGUCAUUGAGUUUGGAAGUCCAUCCGGUGAAACGAUCCUACAUGUGUAUGCUCUGUACGCCAUGCAGCAUUGCGUUGCGGCAUUGAUACUCCAUGGUGCUCCGGUAAAUGCAAUUGAGAGGAACCCUGCUCAAACCCAAGGAGAUUUCGUUUACGGGACCCCCCUCGAUGCAGCUAUACGGGGCAAAAAACGCAGGGCGAAAGGCCGAGAGAGCAAGACAUUCACAAACUCUGAAUACGAGGAUUCCUGUCGGAAGGCCGAUGCGGUAAUUGAUAUGCUUCAGCGAGCUGGUGGUGUUUCAAUUUCGGAUGCUGAGAUAACUAAGAAAUGGUUUGUUCCUGGAGAGACCGAUACCGAAGAAGUGGAAUUCCAGAAACGCUCAGACAAUUUUAACGAUCCUGAUAGAGUAGACUCUGAGAUUGAGCUGGCAUGA